UUCCUGGAACAUAUCCCAGUCUGCGUGAUCAAAACAAUCUUGAAGCAUGGAUUCCGAUUGGUCAGACCAGCGUUGAAUAGACCUUAGCAUGGAUACUUCUUGUUUGAGUUUAUACCUAUAUGAAGGGAGGAGCAAAAUGGAUUUGUGAUCAGAUUUUCCAAAUGGAGGGCGGGGGAGGGCCUUUUAGGCAUUUCGAAAAGUUGACCAGAGCAAGUACAACAGUCAAUGUGAUGGUAGAACUUCGGUAGUGAAGUUCUACCGUACUAUAAAUCCACUCCGAAUACCUCUUCUACACUGGCGGUUUUGGAGUAGCCUCUGGAAUAAGUUCAAUUGCCCUGGAGGGUACGAACAUAGGAUAUCAUUCGGGAAAGUCGUAUUCCUGCUCGUAAUGCUGAUUGAAAGAGGAAAGACAAUGACAGUUCCCUUGCCUGUGAGAGGAGGCUACACUGGAAUACAGCUGUUCUGUGACCAAAGCAAGGGACCUUGAAGGACCACAGCCUGUGUGACAGAGGACUUGCAUUGUGAAGCUUUUUGGGAGAGUAGCAGGCAGUACACUUGUGUAAAGAAACACUAAGGCAAGGUGGAGAUGUUUGCCAAACUGAAAAAGAAGAUUGCUGAGGAGGCAGCCACAGCCCCCCGGACCGGAGUCCGCAUGCCUCGGUCCUAUAGCAAAGAGUCCAUUACGUCAGUGGGGGCAGACUCAGGGGAUGAUUUUGCCUCUGAUGGCAGUAGCUCCAGAGACGACCUCUCCUCCCAGAUCCUCAGAAGGAAUGAUCAGAUUCGCAAGCUGGAGGCCAAACUAUCAGACUACGCUGAGCAGCUCCGACUUAUGCAGAAGACCAAGGACAAGCUUGAAAUUGCAUUAGAAAAACAUCAGGAUUCCUCCAUGAGGAAACUGCAGGACCAGAAUGAGACUCACCAGGCCAAUAGAGCUAAAAUGGCUGAAGGCAUGGCUUUGGCACUGGACAAGAAGGAUCAGGAAUGGAUGGAAAGGAUAUGUACGCUGGAGCAGGAGAAAGCGUCUCUGUCUGUGAGGCUAGAUGAGAUGAUGGAGCAGAGCCUUACUCUGUUCCAGAAGAGGGAUGACCUGGACGAGCUGGAGGGCUUCCAGCAGCAGGAGCUCGCCAAAGUCAAACACAUGUUACUGAGUAAGGAGGAGCAGCUGGUCCAGCAGGAGCGAGUGCUCCAGCAGAAGGGUGCCGAGCUGCAGAUGGCCAAGAAGGGUCUGGCCGAAGCCCAGGAGCAGCUGCGGGUUCUGGGAGAGGAGCAUCAGGAAAGUUGCAGGCUCAACACGGAGCAGGAGAUGGAGAGAGAGGAGUUGCUGGAGGUCAGGGAGGAGGCUGAGAAGAAGAUUACUGAGCUGGAGGGCAGAGGCCAGAACCUGCAGAAGGUCAUCCAACAGGUGUCUGAAGACUUCCAGAAGUCACGGAGCGCGGCAGCAGCUGUAGAGAAGUCUCUCCGUACGUUACAAAUGGAGAACAAUGCCCUGAAGCUGCAGCAACACAAAGCUGCAGUGACUGAUGAGGACAAGGAGCGUGUGCUGCUGGACCUGCAGGAGAAGAUCUCCUCUCUGGAGAGACGUCUGUUUGGUAACCUGAGUGAAGACGAGCUCCUCCAGGAGCUUCUCAAAGAGAAGUCCACUCUGGAGCAGAGGCUGGAGGACACGAGAGUUGAGCUGCUGGAGGCACGCACCAACCAUGCUGACACGGUUAGCUCUUUGGAGACUCAGAUAUCCAGACUCAACAACAAUGUGACUGAACUACAGACCCUGCUACGACACAAGGACGACUCUUCCAAGAACUACAGAGAGAGAACGGAUGCACAGAUAGCAGGUCUGGAACAGCAGGUGCAGGAGAGCAAUGAGAGGCUCAAGAACACUGAGCAGCAGAUCUCUGACAAACAAGCACAUCUAGACAAACUGCAGGCAGAGUGGAGUGUGGAGAGGGACAGUCUGCAGCAGCAGGUGUCUGCAGAGCGGCAACAGGGCCAGGAGAGGGCAGGCCGGCUGGAGGAGCAGCUCAUUGCACUGCAGACAGAGAGAGACACCGAACACACCUCUGCCCAAGCCAGGAUUAGUGAGUUGGAGCAAGAGAGAGCGUCUCUGCUGAGGGGGAGGGAUAAAGCUGACGUUGCUCUGAGGAGGCAGGCAGAGGGGCUGGAGCAGGCCAGGUCAGAGCUGAGCAGCAGGCAGACAGUGAGUGUGGAGAUAGCCAUGGCUCUGGAGGACACCAGGAGACAGAAGGAGGAGCUCCAACUACAGGUAGGAGAGAUGAUGGCGUCACUUCAAACAACAUCGCAGGAACUGGCCCACGUCACUGAGCAGCUGAAGCGGAAAGAAGAGGAACUCCAAACACUUCGCGAUGAGCUGCAGAGUGCCCAGAGCUCCCUGUCCCAGCUGCAAGAGGAGACAGAGGGGCUGCAGGCAGCAGCCCAGGAGAGGCAGGAGGAGAAGGACAGCCAGCUGGUCAGCUUGAGGCAGGAGCUCCUAACCCAGAAUGAGCAGUUAGACUCCUGCCAGUUACGGGUAUCGGAGCUAGAGGUAGAGACUCUGACGUUGCAGCACACUCCAGAGCUGUGUGAACUGGACCAGAAUGGGACUGUGACGGUAGAUGACCUGGACCACAUGCAGAAGGCCAACCGAGACCUGGAGCAGCAGCUCAGUGACAAGAACAAGACCAUUAAGCAGCUGCAGCAGAGACUAGCAGAGCUAAAGAGGACCUUGCAGAAGGAGCUGAAGCUGAAACCUGAAACAGAGUCCGAUGGGAAAGAGAGGGCCCAAGAAGGGAGAGGAGAGAGGCAAGAGAGGCCAGAAAGAAUCUUUACAGAGCUCACUCUAGGUCCGGCCCCGGGCCCAAACACCACUGUCACCAACACAUCUGAUCUCAAUGACUCACGAGAGAUCAACUUUGAGUACCUCAAACACGUGGUGCUAAAAUUCAUGUCAUCCAGAGAGGCUGAGGCCUAUCAGCUGAUCAGAGCAGUGUCUGUGUUGCUGAACUUCACUGGUGAGGAAGAAGACAUGUUGAAGCAGACUCUGGAGUACAAGAUGUCCUGGUUUGGAUCCAAGCCUUCUCUGAAAGGUAUUGUCCGGCCAUCAGUUUCAGGGGCACCUGCUCACUGGAGCUGAGGGGACCGAGAGAGGAAGACGGGAAAGACACACACACAUUACUUUUAUCAUGCGUUUACAUGACUUCUCCCACCACUGUGGCAACCAAAUGAACACUGUAAAGAGAACACAACCCAAGCUUUAAAAUGGUUUCUGACAUGACACAGAUUCCUAUGUACUGUAGCUCCUCAAUCUCUCCUGAUCAUUUUUUUCUCUUCAUCUUCAAGAGAAAAGAGAAUGGCUCUACAAUGACUUAGAAGGGCAAAGUCUUGUUAAUGUGGUCUGUUGUUUUUUUGGGGGGAGUGAUUUUUAUUUAGAAGUAAAAUGGUUAAAGCAGA